AUGGUGGAUCGCUUACUGGAUGGUCUCCAGGACUAUGCGUGUGCAUACCUGGAUCACAUUGCCAUCUAUAGCGACACCUGGGAGGACCAUUUGGUUCACCUGGGGGUCAUUUUAGAUCACAUCAGGGACGCUGGACUGACCUUGAAUCCCAAUAAAUGUACCAUUGGCUGCUUAAAGGUCCAGUACCUGUGCCUCCAAGUAGGCUGCGGGAAGCAGAGACCAGAGCUGGCUAAGGUUGACGCAGUGGCCAAUUGGCUAACUCCAAAGCCCAAGACCCAAGUUCUGGCCUUUCUAGGGACUGCUGGGUAUAACCAGAAAUUUGUCCCUAACUACAGUGCCCAAGUCAAACCCCUGAAUGACCUAAUCAGCAAACGUCUCCCCCAACAAGUCCUGUGGUCCCCAGAGUGUGAAAUGGCUUUCCAGAGCCUUAAGUCUGCCUUAAUAUUUGCCCCUGUCCUGGCCGCUCCUGACCACCCAAACACUUUUGUGUCCACACAGAUGCCUCAUUGUUCUGGGUGGGAGCAGUGUUAA